CAUCGAAACAUUGAACCUUUUUGGACUCUUUUCUUUUUAGUUCACUUAUUUGUUCUCACUUCCUUCGUUCAAGCCCAAUAUAAGACAUCCCGUGCUGCACCCGUCAGGUUCUUAUUUUGUUAGGAAUCAUGGUAAUUUGAUUCUUCCUUUUUAAAACUACGUGCCUAGUUCGAGCCUUACGCAGCCUAUAUGAACGGACACCUUUCUAGAUAAACAGAUUACCUAUUUGGGCUUGCCCAAUCCUGACAGAAGUCCCUAGGGACUCGGGCUGCGUCUAGAGAGUCUUCCGUGUUGGGCGACGUUAUAAGGGGGCAAAAAAGCGGUAUAUCUUGGAAUCUUCUUCGCUGUAUGGUGUCGAAUGCCAUAGUUGGUGACCCUUAUAUAGGGCAGCAGCAUGUUAUUUGUCCAUAUAGAUGCACAAGGUACCAAGUAAGGCAACCUGACGCACAGUAGAGAACGGGAAAGACCGAGGUGCAUCGAUCCCAUGGCCCGGGAAUAUGAGGACGUCGACGGCAGUGAGGAGAAAGACGACCUGGGUUUUCGUGAUGCGCCCGCAUUAACCCGCAAGCAUACCCGCAUCCUAGAUGCAUGCAAGCGGAGAGACAUCGACGAUCUUCAGGCCUUAGCCAUAUCGAGAGGUGGAUUCCUCACCGACGCCAUCCGUUGCCAAGCAUGGCCGAUAUUGCUGGGCCUUCACGUCGACCAGCGUGGGGAGCAGGAGGAAAGCUCCGAUCCGUGGGGAAAGCUAGAGCAGCAUCGAGACGAAGGUCAGGUCAAGCUGGACGUUGACCGAAGCUUCGUUUACUACCCAAAUGAUGAUACCCAGGCUCAACUCGACAAGAAGAAGUUGCAGCUCUCAGACCUUAUUACCGAGGUCCUCCGACGGCACCCGUACCUCUGCUACUUCCAAGGCUAUCACGACAUAUGUCAAGUCUUUCUACUGGUUCUCCCACCAACCACGCGGGCCGCAGCCGUUGCCCGCCUAUCCGCCCUGCGCAUUAGGGACUUUAUGCUACCAAGCCUGAACCCGUCUGUUGCGCAACUACGGCUGAUUCCAGACAUCCUUCGGGCAGCUGACCCAACACUGUGUGCCCAUGUAUCACGAACAGAGCCCUUUUUCGCGUUAUCAGAUACCUUGACUAUGUUCGCGCACAACGUGCGGCGGUACAGCGAUAUUGCGCGCCUGUUUGAUGCCCUACUAGCUCGCGAGCAGGCUUUUACGCUUUACGUCUUCGCACAAAUCGUCCUGCGCCGCCGGGACGAGCUUUUCCAACAGGACGAGCCUGACAUGCUACACUUUACCCUCUCGAAGUUGCCCGAUGACCUGGAUCUCGACGCCGUUAUUACCGAUGCCGCCACCCUAUUUGAUCGCCAUCCCCCAGAAUCUCUACGUAGCUGGCGCUCCAUCUCGAGUGCCAGCACUUUAAAGACCGCACGUGACGUAAGUGUAUGCGCCACGCAAACCCUGGAAGACGGACAUAAAUACUUCGAGAAACAGUGCCGCGAGCUCCAAUGGGCGCAGCGGCAAGAAGAGCUACUCCGGGCCGCGUGGGCCAACAGAACCUUGAUCUUAGCUGUAGUCAUCGGUGCCGGCGCCGUGUACUUCCGGAAAGCACCUAUAUGGUCGAGUCUCACCUCGUGGUCGAUCCCGAGCCAUUAUUUCUAGGAUAUUAGGAUGGUCGAACGACGACGAUACGGUGGAUGUCCCCAGUUUUGGUAUGUUUUUUUAGGGGUUACAUGAGAAGGUGUAUGAAUACAGGCUUAAUGAGUCCUUGAAUUGUAUGCAAACUGGACUAAAGGGUUGGGUUUCUAUUGAGGUAUGUGCUGCGGCUCGCAGCUUGGGAUGGGUGAUGAUAUUGGUGGAUAGGAGGUACACAUACACUGAAUUGGGGCAACCCGUCUACUCUCGGGACAUUGAGGAUCGUCUUUGGGGGCGAGAUGGAUGGAUGGAUGGGUGAAUAAAUGGUACGGUGGUACAAAAGCACAUGUAAUAGGACAAGCAAGCUGCAUACCUACAUUAGGCAGGUAUUCUUGGAAGUUAAAUAGACAGCUAGCUCUUAUUAAA